AUGGAUUACAACCCAUUGAAGAUGCCUUGUGAUUGGAAUGUGGCCAGAAAGCAUGCAUUGGCCAGACGAACUGCUCCUGAUACUAAGGCUCAUAUUGAUUAUGAAGAUGAUGAAGAACCUAAAAAACCUGAGACAUGUCCUUGUUGUGGGUUUGAAAUAGAGAGAAAGGAAAUUCCAUAUUGUGAUGAUAUCAAAUAACUCAAAUUUUUGGGGGCAGGUUUUCCAUUGUUUUACAAUUUUUUGAAAUUCUGCAUCCUGUUAUUAUGUCUGUAAAGUCUUGUAGCCAUUUUCAAUAUUUUGAGCAAUUAUCAUGGUGAAUUUUGCUAAUAAUAAUCCCUGAAUCCAAUUUCACAGUAGAUGGAACCUAAUUGUCAAGAAUCCGCAUUCCUUAAAUUGUCUAUAGCCAAUAAACUAAACAACUCAGAAGUGGUGGUGUUCAUCCAAAAGGCCAAUCUUAUUAUGCUAAUUAUAAUGAUCAUUCUACUCCAAUUUUUCAGAAGACACCAAAAGAAAUUAGACAAUCAAAUAGAUGAAUCAUAACUAACUCCAAGCGAUUACACUAUCAUGGUGACCAAUAUCCCAAAAACUUUGAAUGUCAAUUAUAGAUGGGAACUAACUAAUAUAUUUUAAAACUACGCAGUAUCAGAUACUAACUUUUAAAUAACUGUUACCAAAGUUGUUUUAGUCUACGAUAUUACAGAAAUCUUGGCUGAAGAAGCUAAGAUCGAAAAGUCUCUACAGAAGAAAAAGAUCGCUUUAUAAACAUCGAAUAUGAAAUAUGAAUGUUAGGAUGUCAGAGAUUGCGAACUCGAAAUUGAAACUUCGUAAAGGAGAAUCAAAGAUCUAUAAGAGGAGUACUUUUGGACUAAUAGAUAAUUCAGCGGCAUCGCUUUUGUAUCGUUUGAAAGUGAAAAAAUGAAGGACCUAGUUCUUAGUUAAAAUGCACAUACUCUGAUUGAUAAGAUGAAGACGUUUUUAUAUUCUGGUAAAACUCCAGGUUUGGAUGAGAUGGAAUUGUAGUGGCAGGCUUAGAAACUUUUCAUCGAGUAGGCACCUGAACCUAAUGAUAUCUUGUGGGAAAACUUGGCCACUUUGACUCAAGAUAAGAUAAUCGCCAGAAUCAAGGGAUUCUUCAUUACCCUUGCUUUGUAAGGAGUUACAUUCUUUGUUAUUUAUUAUUUAUCAAUCCGAUGCAUUCGACUAGUCUACAACGAAGAACUCGAAAAAAGGAGGAUUGGUGUAGACGAUAAAGAGAAGUUGAAGCAUGUUUAAAUGAUUUCAUUUGCCAUUGCUUCAACCAUUGUCUUGGUCAACAAACUAUUAAUUGAACCCUUAAUGAAGUGGGUCACUAAAAUUGAAAAGAUAUCUACCAAUACCAAAUUUUAGACUUCUUACGCUAACAAAUUAACCAUUUCCUUAUUUGUAAAUGCUGCUAUUGUUAGCUAUGUUAUUGACAUCUUGAUUUUCAGUAAUGUGUAUGGCUUUGGUGGAUUCUUGUAUAAUGAGUCUCUGAUUUUUAUUAUGAAUGCUGCCAUAGCACCAUUGAUUUGGUUUAUUGAUCCUUGGACUCUGAUUAGAAAACUGCAAAGAGACCAUCAGAUUUAGAAAGUGAAUGAUUGUUUACUGACCCAAAAGGAGGCUAACGAAAUCAUGGAGGAAGUUGAUUACCAAUUAGCCAUGAGGUAUGCAGACAUAAUCAAGACUAUGUGGUUCACCUUCUUCUUUGGAACUGCAAUUCCUAUAGGUGUAUUCAGUUCUUUAAUCGGUUUAAGUUUAUUUUACCUCGUUGAUAAGUAUAACAUUUUGAGAAGGAGAACAGUGAAGGAGAGCAUAUCCUAAGAGUUAUCAUGGUAAAUGAUAAAUAUGCUUGAAUUCAUUGUCCUAUUCAAUCCGUUGGGUAAUAUGGCAGUCUCAUUAUUUCUUAACUAAGACUUUGAUAUUUAUUCAACAAUUGGAGUAAUCAUUGGAUUGAGUUUUUAAGUCUUACCAAUACAUCGUAUUGUUGACAGCAUGUUUCCAAUCAAGAACUUUGAAGAACCUGUUUCAUAUAAAAAAGCAUAGAUCGACUUUGAUACUGAUUAUGACAGGGAGAAUCCUGUUACGAAAUAGAAAGCAAUCGCUGAGCAUCACUCAGGAGAGAAAAGUGGAAUAUUAAAUUAUGCAUGA